AACAGGCAUGUUCUGUGCAAUGCUGUCAACGUCACAGCUCAGUCAUCGAUACUUGAAAUAGUUGCUCUUCAAUGGGGAUGGCAGUCCGACCAACAGCUCCCAACCUGAGGACUCACUGACAAGGGGGACGAUCCUCAUGAAUGGGAGUCAGACUCCAGCUGCUGUCGGGCUGAACACACACACACACACACACACAUACACACACACGCACACAGACACACACACAUGCACACACACACAGAGAGAGAGAGAGAGAGAGAGAGAGAGAGAGAGAGGGAGAGAAAAACAACUCUCACUCCCAAUUACAUGAAUCUUGACUGAAUGUUUUAAUGAGGCGAGUUUCACUGCAGCAGAGGAGCGACAUGGAAAACUGCUGUGAGACUGGGAGACCCUAACGAGGAGGAAAGGUAACAAGGCGACACCGAGGAACCAUCUGCGGUUGGUUACCAAUAAAGAAAAAGAAAGGAAAAAAAGGAGGCUAUUGGAUCCUGCAAUGCAAGAAGAAGCUAAUAAAGACACCAUGAGAACGCCAGCGACCCUUGAGAAAGCCAAUAACAGCGAGCGUCCUGUGUCCGGCGUGCCGUCGGUGAACAUCCCUCUGGUCAACGAGGUCCAGCUGACCGCAGCGACCGGCGGGGCGGAGUUGUCCUGCUACCGCUGCACAGUCCCGUUCGGCGUGGUCGUGCUCAUCGCAGGCAUCGUUGUCACCGCCGUUGCUUACAGCUUCAACUCGCACGGAUCCACCAUCUCCUACUUCGGCCUGGUGCUCCUGUCGUCCGGACUGUUGCUCUUAGCGUCCAGCGUCGUCUGCUGGAAGAUGAGACUGGAGAGGAAGAAGGAGAGGCGACGGGAGAGCCAAACCGUCCUUGUUACGAAUCACAGGAGUAUUUUUACUUGAAACGACACCAUCCUGACUUUUCCAGGCCCCCCCCCCCCCCCGAUCUUUGAGCUGGUUUUGGAAAUGCCGAAACCAGCUGCAGUCAUGACAGAUGUUGACCAGCAUGUGUUGGACCACAGACUCUUUAAGCGCAACAACUUAAAGCUUUUGAAGACAUUGUAAGGGAUUUAUUUUGUCAAACAGACGCCGUGCAUCUGGCGAGAACCCGGGAACGAAGCCAGAAGGGAAUGUAUCACAAUUAAGAUGAAUUACCACUGUGUGAAGCAAUGUAGAGGAAGUCUCCCAUUAAUCUGCUGUUGGAUGUGGCGGCUUUGAUUGUUAAUGGGAGGGAUUGCGGUUCGAAGGAAAAGUGGAAAAUCCAGGACAAUGAUUCAUGCCUCAUUUACUUCACUUCAUCUUGCACAUAUCUGUUUAUAAAAGUCUCAUUGUUCAUCUCACAGGGAAUGAUUAUGAAUUGCCUGUUAUGUUAUGUUGUGUCGUAGGCGUUAUGGUACUUGACAUGAGGUGUUUUAAUUAAAAUGUGUUUUCCUCAGAUGGCACAUGAUGUUAUACACAGAGAAGGAAUAUUUAACCCUUAAAUAUGUAUUCUCUUUGAGCACUUUCAAUCAUAAUCAUCAGUAUUAAACCAACAUUUAUUAACUAAUUACGUUAAAUUGGAGUAGUUUUGCCACUUUUGGCAAAUAUGAAAACAUCCAAAUUUUUCAAUUAUUGUCCGCAGUGUACUUCCAUACUGUUAAAAAAAAUAUUAAAUGUAGCAUUUUAUUUUAUGUUUUGUUUUUAUGUAAUCAUUUGCAUGUAUUGACUGUUACCAGGACGACAUGAGGUUUAAUAAACUCAUCAUUGUUAAUCAAACAUGAAAUUAGUGUCACACUUGUGGAAGAACGGUCGGGAAUGUUUGGGGACUAAA